GUUAAGAUUUGUCACAAGCACGGUUGGCACCAUACUCAAGACGUGGUGUGCCCCAACUUGUUCCAGUUCGGAAGACGAAUAGACCAUCUCUUUGGGCACCCUGUGUAAUCUAAAAGCGGUAGACUGGUCCAAUAUGGCGGCGCGAGGUUCAACUACUGCUAAGAAGAGCGCCACAAAAAAAGUCCGAAUAACGUACCAAGAACUCGUUGAUAUAGCUGAACAGUUGACCCGAGAUGAUAAAGCGACACAUUCCAGGAAGAAGAGUAAGAAAAAGUCUGUGGAACAUGAAAAGAACGCGGAGAAAACACAGGCAGAAAAUUCGAAUGUGGCUGACGUAGAUCUCAGACGGUUAGAAAGGAUGAAGAAAGAACAAGUGAAGAACGAGAAAACAGCCGAGAACACUGAAGAAAAUACAGAGAAAAGGGCUAAAAAGAAAAGAGAGAUGAAGGAUAAAAAGAAACGGUCCAGCGAAGAGCAAAAAACGGCUGUUUUGGACAAUUAUAAAAGUGUAAACAAAAGACGAGAAACAAAGGAUAGCUUUUCGAGUUCUGAUGGAAGUUCUACACAUUGUAUUGGGGAUAUUGUAUCAUCGAACAGCCGGAUAGAGGAUAAUCCUUGCAAUGAGGGUAUAGAUAACAAUGGAAAAAUCUCCAGUGGUAAAAGUAAAUUAAAAAGAAUUUCGAAAGAAGACGGUAAACAUUCGCAAAUGUCUCACCGACACAAAGAAAAUAAUGGUAAAAGUGAAGUUGACACAGACUCCCAUAAAGAGGACAUAAACAGAGACAGAGAUAGACAGCAUAGGAGGUCCAAAGCUGAGAAAAAGCCUCAAGAUAAAAAUGAACAGGGUAAUACUAGCAGGCUGUGUGAAAUACAAGGUGCACAUAUGGAUGAGGUUGAGGAGUCUGCACCAGUGAGGCAUGGUGGUAUACUAAGACAAGACAGUCAAAAACACAAGGAGGUGCAUGUGCACUUUAAGGAGAGUAUGCAUGGGUACGAUGGAAGCAAUGAGCUGAGAGGAAUUAUACGGAUACCUGACGGGGUGGAUAUAACUGCACAAGAGACUGUAGAUAUAGAUAGUAUGACAACUGGUGUGAGUGAGUUAGACAUUGAUGAAGGGCAGAAUCCUCAAUACAGGCUUUAUCACUCAGAUAAAGAUAGCAGUAUUCGUGCUUCUAAUGAAUUGAGGGCUGCUAAAGAGCAAUGUAUCUCAAGAGAGAGUACCAAUGAAUCUCAGGUGAGAAGAGAGGCAACUGCUGAAGGCGACUUAAAUCAUCAUGAUAAGGCAGAAAAACGAAUAAAGGCCAUCAACCGACAGCGUGCACAGCAGCUAUUGCAUCUUACAAACCAGGCUGAGGCCUCCUUAAACAACCUCCUCUCCAAAGACAUAACAAGUCGUGAGAGUUUUAUUAAAGCGAGAACACUAAGUAAAGAAAUCCAAGAAUCUGCCAAAGGUGUCAUGAUGCUUGACCUCAGCUUUGCUUCAAAGAAUGAUAUGGACCACGUUCUCUGGAAAAGUGCAUUUUAUAAUGUCAUUGAGACUUUUCGAAAGACAAGUAAACUGUUUUUGGGUUAUUCCCAUGAGAAACAUGUUAUGAGUCCAGAGGAGAUCCACCAGGAGCUUUGGGAUUUCCUAGUUCAGGCUCAUGUAUUCUAUGUUGAGCUGAUGGAGUUACUCCAGUCCACACAUGGUUUUGAUAUCAACAGUGUUAUUAGUCAUCCAAAGAGCUCUGAGAUGUUGGCCAGAAAUGCCAAGCUAGCAUUGCUAAGCUGUCACCACAUACUCAUAUUCCUUGGCGACAUUGAGCGGUACAAGGAGCAGAUGCAGUCAUCAAAGACUAUCAACUGGGGAGCCGUAAGGGUCUGGUACCUUAAGGCUAGUAAGCUAGCACCAAAAAAUGGAAAGCCCUACAACCAACUGGCAGUCAUUGCAGUGUAUGCUAAUCGCAAGCUUGAUGCAAUCUACUACUAUGUACGAAGCCUGGCUGUUAGCUCUCCCAUCCUUACAGCUAGAGAAAAGCUGACCACUAUAUUCUAUGAAAUUCAGAGAAAGGCAGAGCAGCUGAAUGAGGAUCAGAGACAAGAGAGACUGAGACAGAAGAGGUUACGCGAACAGACAGAGGAGGCAAGGCUUGGCCGAGGGCGGGGCAGGGGGAGGGGUGUAAGGGCAAUGACUGGAGAGAGAAAUACAAAUGCCAGACAUGAAAUCUGGGUGCUGACUCACCAUGGGGUCUGUAAGAGGUAUAUGGUGACUGACGAAGGACAGGUACUUUCUGUCAAUGCAGCAGGCCAGCAGAUCACCGAUGACGAGACUGCAGAAAACCAACCUGAGCCUGCAAGGGAGUCGCCCAAAGUGUCACUUCAAGAGAUUAACAAGAAGUUCAUGUUGCAUUACCUAUGUGCCCAUGGCCUGCUGUACACACGAAUCAGCAUGGACCACCUGCCUUCGUUAAAAUGUGAGCUGAUGGGGGAACUGCACACUCUUCUGGGCUAUCCCCUCUGCUCCUCUGUGUCCCGCGCUACCCUUCUGCAGAUGGCUGCCAUCAACAUGUUUGCUAUCGACCACACAACUCCACAUGAUGAAGAAGAGACCUAUAUCAGGCUUGGGACACCGCAAGACCAAGCCCUGAACCUUGCAUUCGACAUGGUCCUCUCUCUACUCACUGCAUGCACUGCCCUCCUCAACAAUCAAAAUGAACCGGACAGUUACCAUGCCAAUGACUCUGAUUUUCAAGGCAAUGCUGUGUUGUGUGACACCUUAAGGCAGUACUUGCCUGCUCUAAUGGUCUGGUUCGACUGGUUGAGGUGCCAUGUUGCGUUAUGGCUGGUCUCUAGCAUAAGCACUCAUCGGAACCUGUGGGAAGCUAUUGCUGGGUUUCUGAAUGUGUUUUCUAGUGUGCAGCUACCAGACUGCCCAACCUCUGAAAAGGGUGGCGAGCAAGUAAGCCUAAUUGAGGAUGAAUUCCUGGCUGGCUUCAAGCCCCUAAAUGAUGUCAAGAGACCAACUCUGACGAUCAGUAAUAAAAACCAAAAGGACAUCGCUGAGGACUACUUGAGAGUAACUGUCAUCAGAGACUUUGCAUCUUUCCUGCUGUCAUUAGAUAACCCACCAGUACAACAGAAUGAAGAGACCGGCUUGUACUGUGCAUGCAUUGCUAGCCUCCCCUCGUCGCCUGAGGUAGAGAGCACGUCUACACAUGUUGUGCAAGUUGACGUCCACCAGCCAUCGCACCAUCUGGAACCUGACUCUGAUGACGUUAUCAUAGAAAGUAUUGAGGAUGCAUACUACUCAGGGGAUGAGGAGAACAAAGGCUUUCAGCAACUCAAGGCGAAAAAGGAUGCACUGGCUCGUGAAGUGGAAGCUCAUCAAGAAAGACAUGAUAAAGCAAAGGCUCUUGUACAUGAAAACAUCAGCCGUCCCCAUCUAAUGCUUGAGAACUACCCCACCUACCUGGUACCUGAUACCAAUUGCUUUGUUGACCAUCUGGACGGCCUCAGUGCUAUUGUACACAGUGGGGAAUUUGUGCUGGUCGUGCCACUAGUUGUAAUCAAUGAGCUUGAUGGUUUGGGACGAGAGCCCAUGCUAGACAAAUACCACGACCCAAGACACGCCCAGAGAGUGUACCUCAAUGCCAGGGCAGCGAUUGAUUUCCUGGAAGACCAAUUCAGCUUGCGUAACCCGCAGGUCAAUGCCCUGACCAGCAAGGGGUCAGUGCUCGACACCAUUGCAUACAGGAGUGAGGACCCUUCGGCCAGGAAGGGUAAUAAUGAUGACGUCAUUCUAUCUUGCUGCUUACACUAUUGCGAAGAGAAUUUUGUCCACAGACUUGCCACAGCUGACCAGCCUAUCACGAUCAGGCGGAAAGUAGUGCUUCUCACAGACGACAGGAACCUCAGGCUCAAGGCCUACACAAGAAAUGUCCCUGUACUCCCAGUACCUCUGUUCCGCAGGAUGGCUCAUGUGUAGUGCUGAUGUGUUAUUAUCAGGAUGACAGAUGAUGAGGAUGACAGGAUGAGUGCUGCCAUAUUCCUACCAGUACAACUAUCUACUGCUGAUAUGUGUUCAAGGCACUGCUACAAGUUUCUACCAGUACAACUAUCUACUGCU